AUGAUCCGAGUGGUGCCCCCUAGAGUUGUGCAGUGUAGACCCUGUAGCCCUGAAGAAGUCUUCACUUCCUCAGAUGGGGUGAACAUCAGCAUUGGAAAAGCAACUGCUAUGGAGAUAGCCGAGCGAGGUGGCACAGUUCACCUGGUUUGUUGAGAUUGAGACCAAGCAGAAGGUGCCAAAGGUGAGAUCAUCAGGGAGAGUGGUAACCAGCAGGAAACUAUGACAUAUCCAUGCAAAAAACAUCUUUUGCACAUUGUGGACUUGUCUGAUCCCAAGAAAAUCUGGAAAUUUGUUGAAAAUUUCAAGCAGGAACAUAAACCCAAUGUUCUGAUCAAUAAUGUAAGUUGCAUGGUAAAUACAAGAGAGCUCACAGAAGACGGACUUGAAAAGAAUUUUGCUACCAACUCUCUGGGUGUGUAUAUUCUCACGACUGCCCUGAUCCCUCUGCUGCAGGACGAACGUGAUCCCAGAGUAAUAACAUCCUCCUCAGGAGGAAUAUUGGUUCAGAGGACGGCCUUUAAUGGAACUAAGGUGUAUGGACAAAACAAAAGGUAGCCGGUGGUUCUCACUGAGCGGUACCCCAGCGCAGCGCAUCAGGCCAUCGAUUUCUCGUCAGUGCAUUCCGGGUGGGUCGACACCUCACGCAGGUGCCUGGCGGGCACGGGACCCAACGCACUCUCAGGAUCUGCUGUGAGGCUGUGCAUGCUGAGGUUCCACGCCAGGCUCAAGGACAGGCUGCGCUCUGCAGACCAGGGGGUGGACACCGUGCUGUGGCUGGCCCUCACCCCCGUGUCCAUGCAGCCCAGUGGCCUGUUCUUUCAAGGCGACUUCCUCCCGCUUUCUGAACUCAGUGGGUCCCUUGAGGACAGAGGUCUUCAGGUUGUGAGCACUUGUCAUCCAAGUCCUGGGCCGGCCAGGCCCCAUGGGAAAUCAGUUCCCAUACCCUUGCCUCUUGCUAGAACACUCUCCUCACAGGCUGAAGAGGAGGAACUAAUGGAAAUCCUGCCUCAAGAUUUAAACAGGCCCGGCCAGACCCAACGCGGGGCCAGAAUCGCCUUGGAAAACUCGAGGAAGUGCAGAGCUGGGGUAACGACCAGACUCCGCUUCCACUUCGUCCGAAAGACGUCCCGGUAG